AUCUUUCACCGCCCCAUUCAUAAAUAAACUUUAUUUAAACUGCUCGAUCUACCAGAAAGCUACCUUUAUUUUGAUUUAGCCUUUAUCUGAGCUGAGUGAUGUCCCGUGAAUGGUUGCCUGUGACAAGAGAUUUCUUGACUGUGCCAUCGUCCUGUGAGCUCAUAAAUACAACAGUGGAUCUCAAGGAUGUUUUCCUUUAACUUUAAUGAAAUAGAUUAGAAGUGAUCUUUCCCUGUACAAGUUUAUACAAAUAUCCCGUCCGUGGAUCGUUUGUCUGCAGUUUUAUAAGUCAUGGCUGAUAAUGCUGGCCACCAGAAUGUGAGAGUGGGAGGUGUCCCACUUCCUCUCAAGCCUAAACGAGCUACAAUAAUACGAGCAGCUGCACCAGUCCUGACAGGUCCAGCGCCACCACCUCGGCCAGUUCCCGCCCGGUCUGCUCCCGCAACUCCCAGGUCUAGCCCAGCCGAAGCUGUCAUUUCUUCCCUUCCAGAAAUGGCUAAAAAAACAGACCUUCCAAAGAGACCGCCAAGCAUUAUUGGUGCUGCAAAUGGAUCCAGUUCAUCAGUAAAGGCGAAGCCUGGAGCUGGAAAAAAGAAAAUUGAAAUUACCAUUUUGGAUGCCAGACCCAUGAGCGAGAUGGGAUUUCGAGAUAUCAAAGGAGGCCUCAGGUCACGUGAACUGAGCCCAAACUCACCAGCCUUGGAAUCAGGGACAUGUUCUGCUGGCAGUGAGUCAACAGCAUUCUCACCACCUGGUCCUAGCGUGCCGCUCAGACCAAAAGGUUCAAAGCCUUCACGACCCAUGUCCAUGCCGGCUUCUCAAGUAGCAGCAUUAGUUACAAAAUCUUUUGAAAUGUCAGAGAAGGUUGAUCAACAAUCCAAGGAGGAACUGCCUCCCUUGCCAUUGAAACCGAAGAGACCUACAAUCAUUAGACCACCACCAUCUGUUCCCAAGCAAGUCACAUCAGAUUCAAAGACAGAGGCAGAUGUGAAUGCAGCUUCUGCAGAAGCGCCUCCUCCAAAGCCAUUUAGACCUUCGAUGGUGGGGCGGACUCAGAUAAAUAUUGAUGAGGGGCACGUCAUAAACUCUAUCAUGUCACAAAGGAACACCAGCUCUAGUGAUGGCUCGGGGUCCGCUCUCCUUGAUCUGAAGGAAAUUGUUUCUGGGGACGUUCCUAGCUCAGAUCCUGCCAGACCUGCUCGGCCAGUGAGGCCAACUAUCAUUCGGCCAAAGUCAAAGUUCCUGUCACCAGAAAAGAGUGAAUCAGAGCUAAGUGCUGUGACAGGAGGUGAAAACACAGAAGAGAGAACUUCACCAUCUCCUCCAGCUCGGCCUCUUCCCCUGGUUCCUCCACCCCCACAUGUUCCUUCUGGUCCGUUGCCGUCCCGACCUACAAACCCAAGACCUCGACCAAGAAGUGCCAUGAUCUCCACCUCUGAGUCAAAGCCACUGGAGGAAUCAACUGAUGUAGAGAAGAAAAUUUCUCCUGUCCCGUCGCCCCGACCCAGCCCUUCGCCCAGACACCAGGAGAAAGUGACUCGAGAGAGCCAUGAAGAACCGAAAGCUUCGCCUCGAGACAGCCAUCCUCAUGACUCAGUGUUAAGUAUGGAGAAACCCAGCAUUCAUACCGUAAGUUCAGAGUCUAGUCGCUCUCCCAGGAGCCCUGUGUCACCCAACAUGUUGAAGAGUCCCCCACCUCGCCCCACUCCUCCAGUCCCAUCUGGCCUUGCCGCACCGCCACCACCGCCGCCACGACCCCCCACUGUUAAUAAAUCACCAAGACCUUCUACACCACAGAGUGUGUCGCCUUCAGCAGUGGCGUCCGUUGAAAGCCCUGAAGAUGUCUACGCGACAAUUGGGGACACUGAGACUGAAAUGUCAGGACAUAAUGUUUCAGAUGAGUCUUUGAGUACUGACCCCUCAACACUUGCUGAUAGUCAAAAAAGUGUUGAUAAGGGUGCAUUAAAUCCUAACCCGACAGAAGAGACAAAAGCAGUACUUUCAGAACCUUUCCAUGAUCCUGAACCUGUUUAUGCUACUAUCAAUAAAGCGAGGAAACCUUCACCAGCUACAAUACAUAAGACAGAUGACGGUGAGUCCGAUUCACAAUUUCCCUUCAAGGUCAAAUUGAGGUCAACAGUGGCUCGUCCUGAUGAAGAUGUCAACAAAGAGCAAAGUGAUCCUGUGAUUGCGGAGAAAAGAAAUAAAGGAAAUAGUGGGAAUUCCAAUCAUGCAGACUCGGACCAACGUCGGACAAGUAAACCUAAACCAAAACCUAAGCCAAAACCGAAGCCCAAACCUAAACCUGCCCUGACACCAUCGGGACCAGUGGGAGGCCCUGCGGACAUGCCAAGCAGUACAAGUCCCGGUGAAACGUCUUCAUCAGCUUCUCCUCUCUCAUCUUCUGCUUCUGACAGCAGUAGCCUCUCUGGAGCCAGCCCUCGUGAUACUAACCAGGACAGAGUUGUCUCUGAACCGACUGCCGAAAGUCAUGUCAUAGAAUCAGACCAGACCCAGAAACCCGACGAGGCUUUGUCACCAGAUCCGGUCAAACCUCAUCACCUGUCUGGAAGCCUGCUUGCCAAGUUUGAACAGAAUGCCAAGCAGGAUGAACCAGAGAUGCGCCGUCCUCAGCCCACUGCCCCCAGAUUGCCAUCGAAGAGACCUGUUACAAUUAUUGGGGCGCCAUCACGUCCACCGGAGCUCCCACCAGAGACUCCUGCCAAAACAGAUGUUAAAGAAGCUCCUGCCUCGAUAGGGUCGGAUGGUUCAAAGUCUGAUGCUCCCCCUGUUCCGGUGAAGCGACCAGUUACUUUCAUUGGGUUGCCAAAAAAAUUACAGUCUUCUCAAGACAAUGAGGCCGUCAUCUCUAGACAAAAUGAUGCAGCUUCAGAAUCGGCCUCCACACCAACAGCAUCACUCAGUGAAGAGAAAAAGAGCUUGAAAAAAACUCCACCAACAAGACCUGGACCACCAGCUCUGCGGCCUCCUCCCCCAACGUUGACUAGCGAGGCUGAAGUCCCAGCUCAUCCAAGUGAUGAGCAACCACCGUCUCAGUCUAACGAACACUCAGACGUAUCUCCCAGUGGUCAAACUUUGCACAAUCUUACAACGGAUGCUACACCAGCUGUAGCUGGCAGCACAGGAGAGCAGCUUGCUUCUCUGCACAACUCACAUGGUGAUUUCAAAGACAAAGUUGAAGUAUUCUCUGAUACAGAUCACCAUCAGUCACGACCAAGUAAGCCGCCCUCUAGACCAAGUGAGCUGCCAUCCCGACCUCCUCCUCCGGUGAACACUGGACUAAAGUCUGCAGUGUCUGGGAAACAACGAUCUCAUAGCUCAAGUUCACAGAGUGAAAGUUCUCCAAAUGUAGAGAGCAAAGGAAAACCUCCACCACGCCCGCAGCCAAUAAGACCCCCUGCUAUGCGGAAACCCGAAGGAAAUUCUCGAGAUUCUCUUGAGACGAAAGAUCCACCAGAUCAGCCACAUGGCAUUGCACUGUACGACUACACAGCUUCACAGUCUGAUGAAUUGUCCUUUACGAAUGGAACUACCGUGUAUCUGCUUCGCCGCAUCGAUGACCAGUGGUUAGAGGGACGCGUUGGCAACAUGUCUGGAAUCUUUCCAGAAAAUUUUGUGGAUGUAAUACACCCCCUUCCUCCUCAGGAUUCCAGUGACCAGUCUUCCCCUGACUGUCAGAGAAUAUCUGAUGAAUUGCCCAUUUCCAAGGCUGUUCUCGUAGAGGAGGAUUAUAAUGGAAACAGCGAACACUUGACUGGACCUCGAUGCAGAGCAAUUUAUGACUUUGAAGGAGAGGGAGAUGGAGACCUCACAAUCUACACAGGGGACAUGAUUAAGAUUCUGGGCUACACAGGCUCUCAGUCGGAGUGGAUAACUGGGGAACUGUGCGGACAGCAAGGCAUUUUCCCCAGGGAUUUUGUGGAGAUUGUGGAGGACUUGCCCGUGGAUGAGCCUGGAACUCUUUCAUCUAGCUCCCACAGCACAGGGGCGCAGUCCAGUUUGACAUUUUGCACUGCUGUGCACGACUAUAUGGAUGCCCCACCAGGAGACCUUGAAUUUGUAGCCGGUGAUGUCAUCGAAGUACUCGAGUUUGUUGGGGAGGACUGGCUGAGCGGUCGCCUACACGGGCGAGAAGGAAUGUUUCCCGUGGCCUUCGUAUCUAUGGAAGCGGUGGAAACUGAUGGCAAGCAGAGUGAACCCACUAAAGAAGAGCAUCAACCUGUCUUUGGCUUGGCCCUUUUCCCCUUUGAAGCUUCAACAGAGUCUGAUCUUUCUUUCAAGGAGGGUGACCUCAUUGAACUGGAGGAGUUUGUGGACGAUGCCGGAGAGUGGCGGUGGGGACAGUUGGAUGGAAACAGGGGGAUGUUCCCAGCUGCCUUUGUGGAGGUUCAGCAGUAAAUAUUCCAACACUCGGAACGACUUGCUCUGCUGUUGUGCUGAACCGGUAUGACGCUGGCAGUAUUGCGUACAGGCAUAAGUCAUUCUCGGCAACGUUUGAGAUACGUCUCUAUGCAAUACUGCCUGCGAUGACUUCCUUUCCCUGCUUCAGUUUUUUUUUUGG